AUGAUUUCCGAGAAUGUUCAACAGGAUGAAACGAUGACUACCGAUGCUUUAAAGGAUACGAGAAUCGAUAAAAUACCAGCAGUAAUUUGCGUUCAAAUCGAUGAGAACAAUAAGAAGCGUUCGAGUAAUCCAGCCAAUGGCCAGGAUGCUUGUAAAGUUUUACCCUCGUCUACGUUGGCCACUUGUCGUCAAGACUAUCCCUCAGGAUGUACGAUCUUAGAAUGUCGUUUGGAUGCCUUUAAUAGACCCGUGGCUCAGAUUCUUCAAGUGCCACCUUUAAAUUCGGAUGCAAACAGUCAGAAGAUGGGUCUAUACGUUGAAGCUAAACAUACACCAACUGGACCAUAUUCUAGGUAAUUUUAAAAGCUCAAAUAUCCAUGGAUGACAUCGUCAAUAAUUUUGUCUACGUUUAGGGUAACAUCGUGUCCAGUCGAAGACACUUGCGAACAAUCCAAAGACAACGUUCGCUUGCUACGA